AUGCUUAGCGGUACUUGUGUGCGGUUGGCCAUCGUGGCCGCCGUUUUUCUGAUUGCGGCAAUCUUCUUGGUUCCCCAGCUUCCCCGCGCUGGCUACCAUGUGCCCACUGGCCUCGGUCACGGCACUCCUACGACCGACAGCAAAGAUGCCUCGACUGGAACCGAAAAACCGAAUGACCCUGUCGGCGAGCCCACCGAAUCCACAUACACGCCGGAGGUAAAUUGGUUGCCCACGGUGCCGACUUCUGUCUCGGUUCCAGACGCGAAGCCCGACGCGAAGCCGGUCUCCAAGCUCGAAGCUGGUCAGACUCUGUCUCCUUUCCGUCUCAUCUCCCCAAACGGCCGUUAUGAGUUUCGCCUUCUCGAUAGCGGCUCGCUUUCGCUCAUCGACGUUAAAACCGAUGUCGAGCUAUUCACUUCCGACACCGAGUACUAUUGGCCCGUUACAUGGCAGGUCGAGCUGACCCAAGAGGGCGUGUUGAUGCUUUCCUGGGCUAACGAGACUGCCGCCCCGUACGGCGCGACGCCAUGGGUAUCGAACCUCUUACCCGACUGCGCUUCUGUCGAGACCGGCAACGAGAAGCCUGUUCUCGAACUCUUGGACUCUGGCAAGCUACACAUUCGCGCUGGCAGCAAGACGACGUGCCUCCUACACCGCGCCGCCGACGACAUGGGCCGACUUGCGAUUGUUUACACUGGAUUCCUGCGCACAUAUUUGAAAACAUGCAAGGAGCAGAACAACAAGCUUGUAAAGACGUGGACUGGAAGCGGCGGUGUGGACGUCCACGUCUUCACGUACCUUGAAGACGCGUAUCAUGAGUCCGGCGACUCGGGUAGGAAAGAGAGCAUAACGAAACAUCUCAAAUCCUGUUUCGGGGACGCCCUGAAGACAGUCGAGGUUAAGAAACUGGACGAAGUCAAGGAGAUCGCCGAAAACCCCCCUAAAGUGCUGGCCAGGGAGUGCGGUGAGGAAAAGCUGAAUCAUCAGCUUAGCCAGUGGAAGGCGCUGUACCUCGCCAGUCAGCAGGUGCAAGCCUACAUGAUGAAAGAAGGAGUCUCGUAUGACUACAUUUACAAGGGCCGACUCGACCUCCUCUACUGGGGCGACUCACCCGCGCUCUCGUCGCUGAAGGUCCCUGAGAAUGGCAUCCUCGCACCUCGCGUUACCCUCGACUGGACCUGGUAUGCAAUGCUUCACGAUGGCGAGCUGCGGGCGGGUGUCACCGACAUCACAGCCUUCGGUCGUCCCAACGCAAUGUUCACCUACCUGGCUCUUUACCGCGAGUUCAUUCACACGCGGACACUGGAGAAGGAGACGGCGAAGUGGAAGGGUUUUAAUACCAAGUCCAGGGAGAAAACCCCUGAUGGUCAGGAAGGGUGCACGCCAGAGGGAAUACUAUCUUAUUGGCUCCGGAUCAACGGCAUCGCUGUGAAGACGGACUGGCGGUUCAAGAUGGGUCUAUUGCGUGGCGAUGGGAAGGUCGUCUUUACUUGCCCUGAGGGCAGAGGCUGGCUGUGUCCAGGGUUCGUUCCGCAGGUCCACGAUGACGGAACAUUGUUUUGA